UAGGCUGGGUGGACGUGGAUUUCAGGGGUGGUCGUGAGAUCUCUGGCCUUAAAAUCCCUGAUGACUUUGGUCAGCAGCAGUCAGUGCUCUGCCCGGGGGUACAUCAGCCACUGCCCUCAGAGCAAUAAGCAAGCCAGCUUUUACUUCUGGGAGGAAGGCAGGAGCUAAGUCAUGCUUUGAGUCUUUGCUUUGUGGGCUCUGGGUGCAGUUAGGGGUGUUUUGGGUGCUGGUGUUGCCCAGCACCAGGCCUUGAAUGCAAGCUGUCUGUAUCUGUGAUGUGCUGUGGGUAUGUCUUGACCGGUAGAUCCAGGGCUGGAUCCAAAUGCUCUGGUCCAAACUGCCCUUCCAUCCGCAUCCACUGAGGUGGACUGGGAGCUCCUGUGCAAGGGCUUGAGAGCAGCCUUCUUUCUGCCUUGGCCAGAAUACGGCUCUGCCAUAGCAGCUGCGGUCGGUGGCCCCCGAAUCUGGCUUUUGAAGCAGGUCUGUUCCCCUGUGUGCCCCGAACGUGCCGUGGGCUUCAGGGCUUUCAGGGAAGCGCUUGAAAAUCAGGCUGGCAAUUUCGGUGUUUACGAAUGCGUGGACUGGAGGACUGGAAUUCCUGGCAGCUGAGCGUGACCACCUUGGUGGCCGUGGCAGGAACCCGCGGUCCCAGGGCGCUGGGCAGAGCCCUCUGCCCCGGCACGGUCUCUCUUUGGUUCGCGCUGCGCUCCGGCGCUGCCGCCCGCCUGGGAGGGGAGAAGGGGCUGGUGGAGCGGAUGGAGACCGGAAUCCGGGGCAGGAACGUGGCAGCGCAGCUGCCUGCACCCGGGCAGGGGCGGUUUCCCUUCCUGCCGGGGCUCCGCGUUCCGGGGGUCGGGAGCGCUGUCCCGCCGGGCAGCUCGGCGCGGGCAGCGCCGGCAGGCAGCGGCGGUAGAUGCUGCACUGCCCCCUGUGUCCGGGCUGAUGUGCCGUGGCCGGAGCAAGGCAAACCCAGCCAGGAUCCUUUCAAGACUUCCCUACCCAGGGUUUCCCCCCGUUCGUCCCAAUCCCGUUACGGCGGGCAAGGCACCGGCCCCUUCCCGCGAAGAGGGGCUGAAGGGCCCGAGGAGGAUGGGGCGAAGCGGCAGCAGCGCCGCGGGCACCGCCUGCCCUGCUCCUCCUGCCGCCCUGCUCUUGGCGCCGAGCCGGGGAAGCCAAGCCGGGCCGCCGCGGCACUGGGGGGCCGGAGGGGCCCGGGUCUCGGGAGGGGCCCGGCGGGCAAGGGGGGAAGGAGAUGCACAGACACGGAGCAGCGGUGGUUUGGCAGCACCGUCGUCUGCUCACUCCGCCGCCGGCCCCCGGGCCGCCGCAGGACUCCGAGCGCGGGCGGACGGGGACCCGGCGGGACGCCUCCGGCAGCGGGGCCCGGGGCAGCACGGCGUUUCGCCGCCGCGGGACUCGGUGCCCGGGGUGGGGGCGGCCGCGGGGAGCCCCGGCGGGGCGGGGCCGCCGGCGGGGGCGGUCCCGGGGCGGUCCCGGGGCGGGGCGCGGGCGCGGCGCGGAGCGGGGGCGCCCGCCCGCCCCAGAGCGCAGGUGGCGGUGGCGGCGGCGGCGGCGGUCGGGAUCCCGCUCUCGCUCCCGGCGGGGCCCCGCUCCCGGAGCGGAGGCGGCAGGUGCCCGGGACAUGCGGCGGCGGUAGGACGCGCGGCGGCGAUGGGCGGCCGGGGGCUGCCGGUGCCGCUGCUGCUGGGGCUGCCGCUGCUGCUGGGGCUGCCGGCGGCGGGCGCGCCGCCUCCAAGGCGCUGGUGUGCCAGGAGAUCACGGUGCCGAUGUGCAAGGGCAUCGGCUACAACCUCACCUACAUGCCCAACCAGUUCAACCACGACACGCAGGACGAGGCCGGGCUGGAGGUGCACCAGUUCUGGCCGCUGGUGGAGAUCCAGUGCUCCCCGGACCUGCGCUUCUUCCUCUGCAGCAUGUACACCCCCAUCUGCCUGUCCGACUACACGAAGCCGCUGCCCCCCUGCCGCUCCGUCUGCGAGCGGGCCAAGGCCGGCUGCUCGCCCAUCAUGCAGCAGUACGGCUUUGCCUGGCCCGAGAGGAUGAGCUGCGACAGCCUGCCGGUGCUGGGGGACACCGAGGUGCUUUGCAUGGGAUACAACCACACGGAAGCCACCACCCUGCCGCCUUUCUUUGGGAAGCCCACGCGCCCUGCCAAGGACAUGGCCAAAAACCUGACGCCGCUCGAUGGGCAGCGCCUCUCAGGGCUGGACUGUGGUCAGACUUGCAAGUGCAAAGCGCCCCUGAUCCCCAUCUCCAAGGAGUCCCACCCGCUGUACAACCGCAUCAGGACUGGGAAGGUACUCAACUGUGCCAUCCCCUGCUACCAGCCCUACUUCACCCAGGAUGAGAAGACCUUCACUACCUUCUGGAUCGGCCUCUGGUCCAUCCUCUGCUUCCUCUCCACCUCAACCACCGUGGCCACCUUCCUCAUUGACAUGGAGCGCUUCAAGUACCCUGAGCGCCCCAUCAUCUUCCUCUCUGCCUGCUACCUCUUCGUCUCCGUGGGCUACAUUGUGCGGCUGGUGGCGGGGCACGCCAGCGUGGCUUGCAACCCGGAGCACCACCACAUCCAUUACGAGACCACGGGCCCUGCUCUCUGCACCGUGGUUUUCCUUCUUCUCUACUUCUUCGGCAUGGCCAGCUCCAUCUGGUGGGUCAUCCUGUCCCUCACCUGGUUCCUGGCAGCUGGCAUGAAGUGGGGCAAUGAGGCCAUUGCUAGCUACUCGCAGUACUUCCACCUGGCUGCCUGGCUCAUCCCCAGUGCCAAAUCCAUCGCUGUGCUGGCACUGAGCUCUGUGGACGGUGACCCGGUGGCCGGGGUUUGCUACGUGGGCAACCAGAGCCUGGAGAAUCUGCGGGGCUUUGUGCUGGCACCACUAGUGGUUUAUCUCUUCACCGGCAGCCUCUUCCUGCUGGCUGGCUUCGUCUCGCUCUUUCGCAUCCGCAGCGUGAUCAAGCAGGGCGGCACCAAAACUGACAAGCUGGAGAAGCUGAUGAUCCGCAUCGGCAUCUUCACCGUGCUUUACACUGUGCCUGCCACCAUUGUCAUCGCCUGCUACAUCUACGAGCAGCACAACCGGGAGGCGUGGGAGCAGGCACAGAACUGCUCCUGCCCGGGGGACCCUCACCGCCCCAAGCCCGACUAUGCUGUCUUCAUGCUCAAGUACUUCAUGUGCCUUGUGGUGGGGAUCACCUCCGGCGUUUGGAUCUGGUCUGGCAAGACACUCGAGUCCUGGAGGCGCUUCACCAGCCGCUGCUGCCGGGCCAGGAAGCCUGCGGGCGCCUCUGUGUACGGUGAGGCCAGCCCGGCCCUGGUGGGCAGGACGGUGCUGCCCAGUAUGGCCUCCUACCACAAACAGGUCCCACUGUCCCAUGUGUGACCGCAGGGAGCCUCGGUGACCCCAGCCACAGGGAGAAGAGGGUUGCGAAGACCCUGGGCCACAGAAGAGGGGCUGACAGCUGGGCCACCCCUGGCAUCUUCAGCCCCACCAUGGUGGUGGCUGCCUGGGACCAUGGGCACAGAGCAGCUGCAGCCCCAGGCAGGGCAGGGGGAGGUGCUGCCAGCUAUGUGGGGGCAGAGGGACAGGGAUGCCUGGAGCCUGGCACUGCCAUGUAUGUAUGCCCCAUUUGGGGUCCCACAUCCUGGAUGGUGUCCUGGGAUGCUGCUGCCUGUUAGCCAGUAAGGUGGCAGUAGCCCUCAAGCACUGAUUUGUGUCCUGCAACAAGCCUCUAAGCAGGUCUUGCUGGUGCUGGGGUGAAAGGCAGAGCUGUAGCAGACAGGGCAGAUGGUGGCCCCCAAUCCCAGGUGGGGGCUGGCACUGCCACUGAGCCCCUCACUAAAGCCCAAAGAAUGGGUCAGGGAGAGCUGGCAGGGGGUGCUGCCUCCCUGGGUGCCCUGGGCAGAGCAGGAGACUGCCCUCAGUGCCCCCAGAGCCCCCAGGCUGCAUUGAGGAGGAGGAGGAGAGGGUUGGGGGCCUUGGUGUGGGGCAGCCGCUGGCCCUGCUCAGGCAGCAGCACAUUGAGCAGGAGGGGUGGAGCUGCACGGGCCGGAGGCUUCAUGGGUGGUGGCAGUGCAGGAGGAAGGGGCCGUGGAGAGGAUCUGCCACAGGGACAGGGUCCUGGCUGUCUGCAGUACAGGCAGGGACCAGGUGACCCUUACAGUCCCUUCUGCUCUGGGCAAGCACAUCCAGCUCCCUUCAGCCAGGGGCCCAGGUCCAGGCAGGAGCUGGCUCCGGUGGGCUCAGCUGGGUGGCUUUGACUCCCUGCUCUGCCUUGGGCAGCCGGCUCCACAUGGAGCCACAGCCCGGGGAGCCGAGGGGCUGCACAAGGGCCUGUGCAGGUGGUGAGGCUGCUGGCCCAGCACGGGGCUUGCCAGGAGCCCUGGCACCGCUGGCUCUGGCAGCGGGAGCGGGGCUCUCCUCAGCUGCCCUGGGAGGGGUCAGUGCUGCUUCUCCUCUCACCUGCAGAGGGGUGAGUUCCUCCUUCUCCCUUGUCCCAUGUGAGUUCCUGGGGCAGGCAGUGUGUCCUGCCCGCCAGCUGUGACAUGUGGCACAGCAGCUGAGCGUGGCACAGCCAGCCCUGGAAGGGUGGUUGUACCCCUGCAGUGAGCAGUGACUGCACGGGGCUGUCCCAGCCAGGCAGCACGCUGUCUCUCCGGAGCAGCUGCUGGGUUUUGCAGUCAGCUUCAAUAUUGCUGCUGCUUUUUUUCAAAGCUGUGCCUUUGGUAGAGAGUACAGGUUUGAGAGGGAGCAGGUAAUUUAGGAAAACUGAACUAGCAGAGCGCUCGUACCUCUUUUCCUCCAACUUCCCAAGCCUUUUUCACUUCCCUAGAUCAGACAGCAGCUGAGCACUGACAGAACCAUUGCCGGGUGUUAAGCAGUGGUGACAGCUGGGUUUCAGUAAGUAGAAUAAUGGUGUGGAGGCUCUGUUGUCAAAGUCACUAAAUGCAGCCAGGGCAAGGGACUCCAGCUGUGGCAUGGGAUGAGGCUGGCUGCCUCUGGCUUCAGGCCACUUGUGAAAGCACCUGCGUUUUAUUUAUUUUUUUCCCUGCACUAAGCAGUGGUGAUGUAUGUAACUACCCAGCCAUUACUGGAGUCCUUUUUGCCCUCCUUCAAGCAUGGCACUGUGACCCAGCUGCUCAAGCACUGGAGAACAACUGCUGGCUUUGCUCCUGCAGGGCUGCAAGGAUCUGAGCUUGUUCUUAACACCUGUGAACCACUUCAGUCAAAAGGUUUCCACCUCGUUUUAAAACAAAAACCUGGGAAGUGAGGGAACACUCAAGUGGCAUGUCUCCAGAUAAAGGUACUGCAGGAGUGUCUCGGGGGUGUCAUGGAUAGAGGAGACAGAGGUGCAAGGAUGGAGGGCUCACCAGGGGCUGUUCAGCUGCACCCAUCCACACUCUUGCAAUAGGGCUCACUCCCUCCAGCAUGUUGGAGUGCUUUAUUGUGGACAGAAUUGUUGUGUUAUGAAUGUUGUGUUAUAAACUGUAAAUAGUUGUAUUAUAGCCUAAUUUGUACAUACAGAAGCCAUAGUGACCUUUGAUACAGGUUAGGGACAGGUGUGUUCUCAGCAGUGAGGCAGGUCGGCGCAGAGACAUGGUAGUCUCGUGCUGUAAUCCAGGGCAUUAAAUAAUUCCAACCUCCUCCAGCCUGCACCUUGCUGGACUCCUCUCUCUCUAUAGUGCCUUUUGUAGAUACAGCUAAACAUACAUCAUGCAAUACAAUGAACAAAACCAUGUCAAGGGUGGUAUUUUGCUGUUUUUGUUUUUUCCAAAGUGCAACUGACUGUGUAAAGAAAUCCAAGAUUAGCUACAAAACGUUGCCUAUUGAAAAAUGCAAGAGCGCUUUCAGCUUUGAUCUAAUGGUAGGGUAAUACAAUCAACUCGUGUUUGAGCCUGGCUUCUCAGCAACAAGUGGCAGGAGGGGGGAAGAGCCGUUGCAGUGUGCCCUGUCUGCUGUAGCAAAUUUACAUGUUGGGGUUUGCCUCUUCCAUUACCGAUGCUGUUCAAUGUUGCUUAAAUAACUGUACUAUAUUAUGUGAAAAGCUGAAGAAAUUUUAUUCAAA